UCACCGAGGUGCAGUACGAGGAGUGGGUCAGCGUCCGUAUCCUGAAUCAAGGCACUUUGUAUGUGCGUGUGAACGGGCUGGCAGUUGUCCAUGAAGACAUCGCGGUCUCCCAUCAUCACCAUCAGCCGCUGGACCGGUUUAUCCUUGGCUCCUACCCAGAUGACCAAUUUAAUGUUUCUGAUGGACAAGUUCAGUCUUUCACUGGAUGCAUCAGUCAGAUAAAGUCAAGCGGAAAAAUCAUUAAGAUGGAUAGAGAGAACCAUCUUUAUUCCUUCAUCGAUGAGUGUAAAGUCUGCUCAGAAAAUGCAUGCCAACACGAGGGCCAGUGUUUGCCGAAUCAUAGCGAGAAGGGUUACACGUGCAGAUGCCAGCCUGGCUACACUGGUGCCCAGUGUGAAUCCAGCAUUCCUUGCUUGCAAGGAACAAAGUGUCCUUGGCAUAUGUUACCUGCCAUUGAUCCUGACCACCAGUGCCACGAAGAAUGUUUGAAUGGCGCUCUAUGCGUUGCACACGAGUUCCAUGAUUUCUCAUGCCAGUGCAAGAUUGGAUUUACGGGAGAGCUCUGCGAAACAUCUUACGACAAAAUGCAAGGAUUUGAAAUAAUGAGAGGUGGAUAUAUUUCAUUGGAGGCUAAGGAUAUUGGCACGCUCAUCAAUAUUACGAAUGACACCACAUGGAGCUUUGAUUUGGUUACGACGGACAAAAACACCCUCAUUUUUUGGCAUUCCAACUCUGAAGCCAGCAUCUACCAGGCUGUGUUCAUCCAUCAAAAUGGUUCCAUUGCAUACAAAGAAAAAUUCGAACGACUCGAAGCUAGCUGCUCAGUUCCGGUGGAGGUCAGCGAUGGAAUUCUGCACCACAUUUUGUUCGGCAGGCACCAAUCUAGGAUGUUCAUCGAAGUUGACGGUUCAUUCAGAACCGAGCGUGCAACUGAUGAAGUUCAUCCGAUACAAAAACAUCUUGGACAUUUAAUCAUAGGUGGGGGCAGCCACGUAAAGUCCUACACGCAAAACACCUUCGAAAAAGUUUUUGAGGGGCACAUAUUAAACAUAUCCGUCGACGGCCAGGCUGUCAACAUGAGCGCCCCUGGUGUCAGCGGUUGGAAUGUAAACCCAAGUUAUCAUUACCAAAUAGAUGAGGCAUCUUUCGAUUAAUUUUUAAUGUGCUAAAACUGACUUUGCCUAACAUUAGUUUUUUGUCAAAUGGACUUAUGUUAAUUUUUGUGUUUGGUGCCUACUUCAAAAAACACCGCAGCUUGCUUGCUUUUAUCCAUUCACUAAAUGAUGAUUUAUGUUAAUAUAUUUGCUAAAAAAACAUUUAUUAUUAUUAUUAUUAUUAUUAAGCUAUUUGGCUGUUUUGUAUCGGUCAAAUGAAUACAAACACAAUCAAUUGCAUU